AUGGCAAUCGAUUUACAUAAAUAAGGUAGAGUAUUAAACGGAGGCGCUUUAAGAUAAUCUAGAACAACUAAUGUAUAUCUUAGAUUAUUAUUGAAGAUUAAGUACUUCCAAACUUAACAGAUUCCCAUUAUCAUUGAGCAGAAUUGUUAAAACGUAAAAGAUUUUUCCAAAAUAGUUGUAUCUACAGCCACUGUCACUAAUGAUGCCAGACUUUUAACUGUACCCAAAAUGACAGUCUGUGCCUUAAGAUUCACUGAAACUGCUAGAAAAAGAAUCUUAGCUGCUGGUGGAUAAGUAUUAACUUUCGACUAACUCGCCCUUAAAGCACCUACUGGAACUAAUUGCCACCUUUUAAGAGCUCCUAAAGAAAGAGAAGCAUAUAGACAUUGGGGUCUUGCUCCUGGAUAGAAAGGAUCCAAAAGUGCUCCUUAUGUCAGAUCAGAAGGAAGAAAAUUCGAAAGAGCUCACGGUUUAAGAUGA